ACCAACCAACCAACCAACCAACCAACCAUAAUGUCUGCAAAAAACACAAGAAGUUGCCUGCUCUGGCUGGGACUGCUGCUGUCUGCCACAUUUCUGCAGAUGGUUCAGUGUCAGUAUUAUGGAUAUCCGUACUACGGUGGUACGGGGGCAGGUGCAGGCGCAGGAGCGGGAGGUGGCUAUGGAAAUGGCUAUGGCAAUGCCUAUGGUUAUGGUUAUCCCAGCUACGGCGGAUAUCCCUACUACUCAUAUCCGAGCUACAAUCCCUAUUCGAUCUACGGCCAAUAUGGGCAAUACGGUCAAUCGCAAUUUGGUUAUCCCAGCUACGGCGGCUACCCUUACGGCGGAGGCAACGGAAUGAACACGGCCUAUGCCAGCAGCAGUGGCGGCUUUGCCUCAGCCAGUGCGGGGAGCGGCGGCUACUACGGCUGAUCCUAGAGUGAUAUUAUCAUCCUAAGCUAACUAGACUG